AUGGCUGGCCUGAACAAGUCCCCACCGGUCUACGUGACCGUAUCCGCACUCGACGCUGGACACCUCACUCUGCCCGAGAACUUAUUUGUCACAGAAGCCGGCUGCAACAAGAGAGCAACUGUACCCUCACCCGUGUUCUUCGUAAAACACCCGGCCCAUGGCGGUAGCGGAGAACGCAACUUGACUGGCUACCCUUCCAAGCAACAAGACCAUAUCGCCAAUCGUCACCCCAUCAUCAGCCGACCAGAUUGCGCUGACAUUCUACGCUAUGGGGUUGACUGGGAACCGAAUAGAGAGACUUUGCUCGAUCCCGCAGGGGAUGUUGAUAUGGUGAUACUCAGCCACGUCCACUGGGACCAUGUUGGUACGCCGUCUGACUUUGCCAAUGCUUCCUUUGUUGUUGGCUCCGGGACGUUACAUCUACUCGAGCAUGGCGCUGGGCCUCUCUACCCAACAGAAAUAUUCAAUGAUGACGAACUCCCUGCUGUUCCUUAUGCUACCAAGGAAGAAAGUUAUGACGCUGCCCCGCACGCCCCCAAGCACACGUACGCACCCUCUGAGGCGGUAGCUACACUUCCCAGCUCCAUUCCCGUGGAUUCAUGGGCGUGGGAGUCUUUGGCAAAUUUUCCCUACUUUCUAGAUUUGUUCGAUGAUGGAAGCGUUUUUGUUAUAGACAGCUUGGGUCAUCUCUACAGCUACGUCAACUUAUUACUUGGCGUUGCCGGGCGCCGAUUCAUUUAUCUGGGCGGUGACUGCUGCCACGAUCCGAGGAUUCUGAGUGGACAGAAAGGCAUCGCUCUGUAUGAUGAUGGGAAGGGUAGAAUGAGGAGCGUAGACAGGAAUAUGGGUGUAGCUAAGAAGAAACUAGGUCAGAUCAACAAUUUCAUGGAAGAAGUGAAGGUUAACGAGGAUAUUGAAGUAGAGUUGAUUGUUGCUAACGAUAAGACAUGGAGGGAGAAGAACAGACAUGGGUUCUGGCCGGGCAAGCUUUAG